AUGACUUUUUUCUGGACACUACGUCGUUGGAUUAUUCUCUUCCUGUUACGCAUUGCCUUGAGCUGGCGUAGUCAUGGACAAGCUCGUCGCAUUAUAAAGUUCUUGAGUUUCUUACUUCCAUUUGACCGUUCCUGGGUCUGCAACCAAGAUGAUCGAGGCAUGUGGAUUGGUGAACACAUUAGCAAGGAGAAAAAAGAAGCACUCGAGGAUCGUGUAGCCAACAGUGAUAUUGUUCUAUUAUGGGUACCAGGUGGAGGAUUCCGAUGUGAUCUGAGCCCAUUGUAUGUCAAGACUUGGACUACUUGGAUACGUGCUCUCGAAGCAGACAAGAAUAUGAAAUGUACCAUCUUUGUAGCCAAGUAUCGUCUUUCUCCAGAGCAUAUGUUUCCAGCAGCUGUGGAUGAUCUCAAGGAUACUUACGAUUGGUUGAUCAAUACAAUGCAUGUACCCGUCUCCAAACUCUUUAUAGGCGCCGAUGAUGCUGGUGCAUCUAUUGCUCUCGAUUUGAUGUAUCUUCGUAAUGCAAAGUUCCAAGGUGCCAUCUUUGCAUCCCCGUACACUGGAUUAGAGGCAGGUGGUGAGUCAUGGCGUGCGAAUGGUGGAGUCGACUAUGUCAAUGCAGCAGCCGUGGAGCGUAUGGAAGAAAGCUAUAUACCCCAAGAUGGAGAUCAACCGUUUCGUUAUUUGCCUGCUGAAGCCAAUCUUGCCCCUUGUCUACCACCCAACAUGUUUAUCACAGUGGGAGGCAAUGAAGUCUUGCUAGAUGAAGCAGGCUAUCUCGCUUCACGUGCACGUGAUGGCGGAGUACGUGUCACCUUGGUGCAAUCACCCGAGCAAGUUCAUUUAUGGUCUAUGCUUGCUGCUGCUAUUGUGGAUGACGUUCACAUACGUCAAUACGCUGUAGAUCAAUGGGUUUCUUUUGUGGAACAAUCUGUGCGGAUACCUCUUUUGAAUAAUAAACAUCAAUCAUGA